CAUUGGCUGUUGUGUUUUUUCACACAAGGGUCCCAAACUACACCGAGAUUUGGAAUUUUACGUUACAGUCCUGCAGGAAAAUGGCGACUGUCAUUCAUAAUCCUCUAAAAUCGCUUGGGGACCAGUUCUACAAGGAGGCUAUCGAACACUGCCGCAGCUACAAUGCCCGUCUCUGUGCCGAACGCAGCGUGCGCAUGCCCUUCCUGGACUCGCAAACUGGUGUAGCACAGAACAACUGCUACAUCUGGAUGGAAAAGUGCCACCGCCAGCCAGGCCAGGCAGCAGGACAGAUGUAUACCUACCCUGCUCGUUGCUGGAGAAAGAAGAGGCGACUCCACCCUCCCCUGGAUCCCCAGCUCCGCCUCUGUGAGCUUCGACUAGAAGCCGAACUGGCCCCUAAGCGCGAGGGGCCCCCAGGGGAGGCCACAGCUUUGGAGGCCCUCCUAAGGGGGGACAGUCUGCUGGAGAAAAAAAACAACAUAUGUAAGGAGGAGGAAACGUUGCUGGAAAUACAGAGAGUUCUGGAGGCGGAGGAAAAUGGGGAAGGUCUCCAUGAGGAUGAAGACUUUGACGUGGACACUCCAAAGAGAAAGAACAGAAACAGAGGCAAAACCAGAGGAUCCAGUCGCAGGAGGACAGAGCCCGUUAACAUCGACGACCAGGACAAACCUUACGUCUGUGACAAUAGAUACAAACAAAAGCAUAACUCAAAAAAGGCUGAAGAAGUCUGUGGAAAGCGCUACAAGAACCGGCCUGGCCUGAGCUACCACUACACCCACACUCACCUGGCAGAAGAGGAGGGCGAGGAGGAGAAGGAAACAGAGAUGGCCCCAUCUCCUCCAUACAACGCAGACAACCACAAACCUCAAAAGGGCCCAGACGGCAGCAUCAUCCCCAACGACUACUGUGACUUCUGCCUGGGAGACCAGGACUCCAACAGGAAGACAGGCCAGGCCGAGGAGCUGGUGUCCUGCUCUGACUGUGGACGCUCCGGUCACCCCACAUGUCUGCAGUUCACUGAUAACAUGAUGCAGGCAGUGAGGACGUACCAGUGGCAGUGCAUAGAGUGCAAGUCUUGCAGCCUCUGUGGCACCUCAGAGAACGAUGACCAGCUGCUGUUCUGUGAUGACUGUGACAGAGGAUACCACAUGUACUGCCUGAAGCCUCCAAUGACCAAGCCUCCAGAAGGGAGCUGGAGCUGUCACGUGUGUCUGGACCUGUUAAAAGACAAGGCCUCAGCCUAUGGAGAAGCAUAACUUCCUUGGACAUUCUUCUCAACACACGUACACACGCAAUAUAUAUAUUUGUACCUAUACAUUAACUGUCUGACAUGCCCACACAUUAGCGAACACUUUCUCUCCGAUAGAAUCAAACACACACAGGUGCACUCUUUCACACACACACUCCAGUGCAUUAGCAGGCUCAGGGCAUUUUCCUGUGUGAGGCGAAAAGAUCUUUGACCUCUCAUGUAGCCGAGCAACGCUCCAAACGGCAUCAACAUGCAAUCUCGACCACAAGUCAGCUAACAGCAGGUCUGCCGUUCAGUAAUUUCUCUACCUCACCACUCAGCAGACGGCCAGAAGCCAAAGCAAGAUUGAUAACGGAAAAUACUGUGUAGUAUGUGUAUGUGAAAUACUCAUUUUAAACAAACCGUAGAUGUUUCCCCUCUGAUUUUCAUGCGAGUAUGAUUUGGAAGAUGUUCGUCCCAGACUUUCUGCUGAAGCUGUUUCACUUGCUUCCCUGCUCAAGCUGUACAACUGGUUUGACUAAUGUUUGUUUAAAUGUCUCCUCCCAGCUCUACUCCUCUUCUGUGUUUAGACUUUACAGUGACAGUCGUUUUUUUUAUAUAUCUGGACAGACUCAAUGUUAGUUAUGCCAUCUUUCACAGGUUUUUGUCAAGCUUGGUAAAAUUUAUAUAUGCGCUAAGAGUCAACGGGGCGAUAAAACCGCCUAAACUAUCAUUCCUGUUGGGAGUGUGGUGACAUUUCUAAUCCACAUCUGUUUUUUGUAUCCUUGCAGUUACUAGGAUACCAUGGUGCUCAAUUCGACACUUUACACAAAUUAUAACAUUUCUUUACAUAGAAUGUUAUUAUUUAUUUAUUGUUGUAAUGGUCCAAUGUUACUGUCAAUGAGAUCAUUGUUACUGUAAAUCAGUGGUUCCCAAACUUUCUCUGUUGUGGAAUCGGGAAAAAAAAAUACUGGCCCCUCUCCCGCCCCACCUGAACACAUUUUUAUCAACUUCUAACAAUACUGGGGAAACUAGUAACAAAAGGAACUGAAUAUAUUAAAAUAUCAUUACUGUAAUAUAUACACAAACUGCAUUUUGUAGAAUUUUCUCAUUAUUUUCUGGUGUUCAACGUAAAAAUAAAAAUUAAAUAUUGUCUAAACUGACACACAACAGACACAUGGUUCUAUUGUAUUACAGUAACCGUCAACUCAAGAACAAGAUUCUUAAUAUUUAUUCUUACAUUCUUACAUAUUUUUAAGAAAGGUACUUACUUCAAACUCUUGGGUACAGAAUAUUGUCCUUACACAUGCCCCAUGUAACGGUACAAGGCUUCAGCAUGUGGACAAAAGCCAUUACAGUAACAGUUGCUAAGAGGUGAUUGGACAAUUGCUUUUGAGGGGAGGAGUUUAGUGAACAGUCAAUUUAUAAGUAAUUAAGUAUAGGCCUAUAUCUGUGUUGGACAUUUCAAAAUAGGCUGCUGGUUUAUUCACCUUUUGUGGUUUCCCCCUACAUUUUACCCAUGUGUAAUGUGUACCUCCUGCAAUACCUUUGUAACCCUCCAGAGGGCUCCACUCUACAGUUUGGGAACCACUGCUGUAAAUUAACCAGGGCAAUGUGUGUAUUAUCAAACCUUGAUGGUGAAUCAUAUACAUGUUCUGAGGAAGCAGUAGGCUAUUUACUGGUGAGUCCUGUCUGGAAGCUGGCACAGGUUAUAAGACUUUAUUACAGUUCUUUUAUGCAGU